GCACGUGAACGAUUCAUGACGUCUGGCCGCCGUUAGGUGAUGGUGCAACACGUCUGAAUCACUCAGGCUGUGUUUCCCGUUCAUUUGCCAUUGCUUGGAAGCAAGGAGGACACGCUGGCGUGUAAAGUGGGGGAGAACGACGAGAAGCCUCCCCAGUGCAACUUGUUGAACGCCGAGACGACUGCACAUCACCACUCUACAUCACGCGAUUGCUGGGAAGAAAGACGCCAUUUCUCAGAACGGUAUUACGGACUGUAAAUUAUUCCGUGAACUGUGCAUUUUCAAGCUCCAUGCUCGCCAUUAGAUCGCCAGUAGCAGCAAUGCCGGUGGACUGCGGCUUCAUGUACCCUCCAAGCCCAAGUCCCCCUCACAUCGGCUACCUGAACGCGUCUGGACUUUUGAGGGAUCUUGAAAAACUCCGUCUUAGAUCUGCUUCCAGAUCGCAGAUGACGAAACCGUUGUAUUCAAAAUGUCGGACGACACUUCUCACACCCUUGAAACCAUGCAUCAACAGAGCGGAGGAACCCAAGCAUGUCACGAACAAUUCGCGAGACGCUAAGGGGAAGGGGAAGGCUCGGAAGAAGGUGUCUUUCGCCGAUACUCAAGGACUAUCCCUCGUCAGCGUACGUUUGGUUGAAGACCCACAGGAACCCCCCGUACUCAGUACGAACCUGAUCGCUGCGGUAAUCAAUGGGGCCCGUCCAUCGGCUGAGCAGCACUCCAACUUGGUCUUUAACUUCGCCCAACCCGCCGCGGACUACCUCACCAUGCGGCAGAGACUAGACCGACAAAACGUCUGCCUCGAAAACGCCAUCAUCAAAGAAAAAUCCAUCAUGGGGACGGUCAAAGUGAAGAACCUGGCGUUCGAGAAACAGUUGGAGGUGCGGGUCACCUUCAACGGGUGGGAAUCUUACAAGGACCUGGAGGCAUCUUACAGCAGUUCUGAAGGAAAGAACUAUGACACGUUUUCCUUCGAGUUCGACGUCCCCUCACACCUACAACCACAGAACAAGAUCGAGUUCUGCUUGGCGUACACGUGUGGCGGACAGACCCACUGGGACAGUAAUGACGGUCAGAACUACCAGAUCGUUUCCGCCGAGUGGAAGUCCAUGCAGGAGUUCACGUCGCCGUGGACGCGAGCGAACAACCGGGACAGUCCGUCACCUGUGUCCGACUACGUCUCCCCGCAGUUCCCAACAUGGGCGGCCCACGCCAAGUCGGACAUCCCGUAUUACUGAAGACAGAACUAGGAAAAAGACUGUUGAAAAUGGACAGAGCACAACUUGCGAAAUUACGUGAACUCUGAAUGACCUGUCGCUACAACUAUGUUUGUGUUGAAUACUUGUCCGAAAGGGGGAGAUAUUUAGCGAUAUUUAUGCAUACUGCACAAAAUUUUACAUGGUAUUGCUGCUAGCUAUAGUCGGAAAUUAAUUUGUUGUCCUUGGCAAAUCCACGUGAGUCCAUUUCACGUGGCGGGGAAUCGUUUGUACUUGGCCCAGUUUUGUGCCCAGUGCCCACCACUGGUAGCCUGGCACCCAGACGUUAGAUAAGUCUUGUUUACACUUUUCAGUCUACGGUCUGUGGAGUGUUUUUGUCAAAGUACAAUGUAUUAUGAGAGGAAUGUUAUUAACACAUAUCAUGCCUAGCCGAUUUAGGCAUGUCUUGUGUAAACAACAGUAUUUACAAUUAUCUUAGACAAACAAAAAAAC